GUCUAGUCGCAGUUUGGCUUCCAAACAAAAUUUCCUGCAUAAUCAUCAUCAAGAACGAACAUAUAGACUCCACAAUUCCACGGAAUCCAUAGCUCAAACAGCUAGACAAACAAGUGCUUCAAUCCAUGAACUUCGAAGUGCAAGUCGUCAUUCAAUUUGCAGAAUUGAACGUUGAUGUCGGAAUUAUCAGGUUCUGUAGAAUUGACAAGAUCAAUUCUCCUCCCUUCAGGAUCGAUACAGUAGGUUUGUAUUGAUCGAUUCUCGUUCCUUGAGGUAGUGGCAUCUUCAUCUAAUCCUUCUAGACUAAAUUUAACACAUAGGAGCUCGAGAAUCUGGCACAGCAUCUUGAACGUUGCUGCCAGUGAUAAUUGGUCACCAGAAUGAUUUCCUUCGACUGUAGCUCACCCAGUUCAAACACGUUCUCCAUAGAAAGCUAGUUGCUUAAAAGCUGCAACUCCGGAACACCUUCUUCAACAGCCUCUUUUGCUCUACCCGUUGUUUCUUCGUUGUUUCUUCAACAACUGUUGUUGUCCUUUCUAUCCUGGGAGGAAUCACUCUGUAACCUUGGGUAGUAGAGGGGAAUAAGAUUUCUUAACGAGAGACAUUGAAUUAUGUCGGCUAGGACGAUUGCAUGUGUUUGCAUGAUUUUCGUGAUGUUACUUGUUUUGCAAGAUAUAAUAUACCAAAAUGAAUCCACCAAAAAAGAUGAGCAAUAAAAGAAUUAAGGACUAAUUAAGAAUUGCCGCAAAUCAAUAUGACAUGAAUAACUUUGCGAAGUUGAAGGUUGUACAGGUCCACCAUAUUUUGUACUUUAAUCAACUGUAAAUAUUGAGAGUCGUGGAGAACCAAACACGACAAUUUGGCCAAACCAACUCUGAUAGGGAGAGACAUCCCAAUACACAAGGAAACUUCUCUCACGACAGUUUGCGUUCAAAAUCCAAACCCUCCUCCAUCCAUGUACGUGCGUGUUGGUUUUGUAGGCAAAUGACUGAAAGCGAUAAUUACCGUUCCGGCUGAGAAAACUCCGAAAGAGGAGGAAACUGCCUCUGCCCCCUGUCCACAGAGAAGCGAGAAAUUCCUUUCGAUCGCCUCAACACCAUUCUCCAGUUGUAAAGGCCUUUAAUUUCUUCCAGGAGUUCCCCGAGGUAACGAAACACACACUGCUCUUCUUCCCCACGCAUCAAUGGGGCCUGAACUGGCGGCCAACAACCAGCGGAGGCUCCUGCGGCUUCGAUGCUCUGUUCAGCACUACGACUGGGGCAGAGUCGGCCCGGAAUCCCUGGUCGGAAGGCUCUCUGCUUUCAACUCCCGCUCUCAGAUCCAACCUGACAAGCCCUAUGCCGAACUCUGGAUGGGUGUCCACGACUCCGGCCCCUCUUUCGUCGUCUCCGGCGGCGACAACGGCGAGUCGAGUUUGAAAGACUGGAUUGCCCAAAAUCCUGCUGCGCUAGGCCACAAGGUUUUCAGCAACUGGGGACCUCAUCUCCCCUUCUUGUACAAGAUACUUUCCGUGGCUAAAGCACUAUCAAUUCAAGCGCACCCAGACAAAGAACUGGCGAAGCAGCUCCACAAGUCGCACCCACUUGCUUACAAGGACGACAAUCACAAACCUGAAAUGGCUUUGGCCCUGUCAGAGUUCCACGCCCUUUCUGGUUUCAUUUCUCUCCAGGAGCUCAAAGAUUUGUUGCAGAACACUCCAGAGAUCAAGGAAGUGGUCGACGUCGAAGAUGUAAACCAAUUGCUGCAAGUCAACGAGGAACAGAAAGAUGGAGGACUCGAAAUCAAAUCGAGAUUGAAAUCCAUCUUCACCCAACUAAUGUCCGCCAGCAAGGAGGCGGCAGCUGCGUCAGCAUCCAACCUGAAGAACAGAUUGCAGAGGGAAAGCCAGGGGAGGGAGCUAACGGAGAAGGAAAACCUGAUUCUGGAACUGGAGAGGCAAUACCCAGGCGAUAUCGGCGUCAUAGCAGCCCUGUUCCUCAACUACGUAAAGCUCAAACCUGGCCAAGCUCUGUGCAUCGGUGCAAACGAGCCGCACGCUUACGUGGCCGGCGAGUGCAUCGAGGUUAUGGCCACGUCGGAUAACGUCGUCCGAGCUGGCCUCACUCCCAAGUAUCGAGACGUCGGAACGCUCUGCUCCAUGCUCACCUACAAACAGGGGCGUCCUGAAAUCUUGAAAGGGUUUGCUCUGAAUCCGUACACGACGAGGUAUCUCCCGCCGUUCGACGAAUUCGAGGUGGAUCGGUGCUUGCUGCCGGGAGGGGAGUCGGCGGUGUUUCCGGCGGUGGAGGGACCGUCCAUUUUUGUGAUCGCGAGCGGGGAAGGAGCGAUGUUGACGACGGGGUCUUCGACGAGAGAUGCGGUGGUGGAAGGGGAUGUAAUGCUUGCAACUGCGGAUACAGAGAUCAGUGUGACGGCUGGAAGAACAGAGUUGCAUUUGUAUAGAGCUGGAGUCAAUAGUAGAUUCCUGCAAAUCCUAUGAACAAUUCGCAAAUAUGUUAUCCAGUCCAUUGUCAAAACCCUAUGAACAAUGAGUAAUGUAUUAUCCAUCUAUUGAGAACAUGUCAUCUUUAUGAUAAGAUAGCUUUAUUUUGUAAUUGAGGAUGACUUAGCUUGGUUUUUGUUUCUAAAAAAAAAAUCAUGUUUAGUUAGUUACCUUAACAUGUCUUUCUGUAUAAAUGAAAUCGUGACUGGAACUGUGGCUGGUUUUAUCAAUUAUAAAAUUUCGAACGAAUUCCACAAAUAAUUUACUAUUUAUGAUAAAAAUGACAAUUAAGUAAAUUUCACUUAUGAUUUCGUGCCUAAACUUGCUGCUCAACCGCUACUUAAUAGCGAAGGGAGAGGAAGAAAGUUGCUUGACAUAUACGAAGACGUUACAGCUCGACCAACGAGGAAAAGAGUGAAUAUAACUAAUCAUGAUUUUGCUCCUGAGCCUUCUUUGAUGUGUGUUUUCAACUAAUCUGCAAUGUUGCUACUACUCAUAAUCAACAUCAUCAAUUUUUUUUUUACAAAAGAUAAUCAUAAUCAACAUCAUCAAUCACUCGUCGAUAUUAGAUUUAUAUAUACGGUGCACCUAUGCAUGUAUCUCAUUUACAUAUUGUUACUCGCCGGUUGCUUUUUUUUUUAUGAAGAUUGUUGUUCCUUAUUUUUUAGUUGUUACGAUCUAUGUUUCUUUUGCUUGAUAUAUGUGUGCAAUAUAUGUUGGUAUAUGUUGAUGGUAAUAUUGAUCGUUGCCUUUUCAGGAACUUUCAUUUUUUUGUUGUCAUAUUGGUUGGAUGAGAAUUUUGGCACUUGUAUUUUUUAGAAUUUUUUUUUUUCCCGUUUGUUGUUGACCUCAAUGUUUGAAUUCAAAGGGUGGUAGAUGUUUCCAUCUUCACAAUACCAUUUGAUCAAUUAUUUGGAGUUAGAAGAAGAUGAAUUUUCAAUGACUAAUAGGAAUGUUGUUUAUGCUGCAAAUUAAUAAUGGUAAUUUAAUUGAAUUAUGAACAUAUUACUUACAUGUUUUAAGAAUUUAAUUCAAUUUAUUUCUAAAUUUUUAAAUAUUACAUUCAAAAUAUAGGAAUUCAUUUAAAGUAAUAAAUUCUCAAUUUUUUUUUGGGUUUCAAGCGGUAUGUAACAACGCCAAAGUUCACAUAAUCUAAUGGUGAAAUCCUUAGUGGGCGCUCGUUCCGCGAAGUUGCAGUUUCCGUGUUCCACCCUACCGAGGCCCGUUAUGAUGUUUCCGAAGGCAUUUAAUGGAUAUCCACGUGGAGGGACCAAAUAAAUCAAGCAGGUCAACCGCGUCUCGCUUCGUCAUCGGCACUCAUCGCUCAACCGGUGUGUGCGUUAGGAUGUUAUUGAGUAUUUGAGUUAUAAAAAAUGUCAAAUAAAAGUUAUACGUGAUG